CCGUGCCCGAUUGUGGUAGCUGGGUUUUUUAGUUUACCAAAUUUCUUCGUGUUGGCUAGGCUGCGUACGCAUUCGCUGCCGGAAAAUGCAGUAAAUAAAGCUUACCCAGCAGCAAUAGCGGUAUCGUCGUGCAGCGUAAACGCAUUCUCCACUAUUUUUGAGAUGUGAAUUUGAAAAAAAAUGUAAUGUGCGUAAAUUGUGCAGUGUUUAUAAAAGUGUAUGCGUGUGUGUGUUUUAGCUUUUUUGUGUGCCUAUGAAUGUGUAAUUAAGUUACUAAAGCAAGUGUAAUAAUGUUUAGCAUCAUUGAAAAAUUGUGACAUCCAGAUCAUAGAAGAGAAAUAAAGUUUAGUGUGAAAGUGAGCACGUUGCAAAAUUGCUGUGUUCGGUGGCAGUUAACAACAGCGUGCGCGAGUUAAUGCCGGUGUCCGUUUAGUGCUUGUGUAUGAUAAAUUGCAGUUCAGCAUUUCACCGGUUGGUGAAGGUAGAAGGAUAAGCGUUGUGCAAUUUAAAAUGUCCGUUGUCAGCUUAAAUAGAAUGUUUCGGGGGAAGCUGCGCACCAAUACCUGCCGCAUUGUAGUGCUGACUUCGCUCGUCUGGCUGUUGAUCGAUGUGAUACUGAUAGUAAAAUAUGCCGACUGUCCCAGCACGGGUGGUGGCACUAGCUGGCUUUGCAAGCGAAACGGUGGAGCGUAUGACGUGGAGGUACCACAUGCAGCCCGACAGGCACAGCAGCAGCGAAGAGCGGCGGCCCCCGAGGACGACGAUCCCAUCGUGGAUGUGGAGGAGAUUGACACCAACUCGAACAACUUUGGUGACCCGGGUGGCUAUGGUGGCGGCGGUGGCGGCGGCGGUGCCAGUCGCGAUGCCGACAGUUCAAUGCCUCGCACGUACCGGCCACAGGAGCUAAAGAAGUGGCGACCGGCACCGACGGUCGUCGAAAAUUACGGUCGACCCGGAGAAAUGGGUAAACCAGUUAAAAUUCCGGCUAACCAGCAGGAGCUGAUGAAGGAAAAGUUCAAAGAGAAUCAAUUCAAUCUCCUCGCCAGUGACAUGAUCUGGCUGAAUCGAUCGCUCACCGAUGUACGCCAUCACGACUGUAAAAAGAAGCACUAUUCGGCGAAGCUGCCAACGACGUCCAUCGUGAUUGUGUUUCACAAUGAAGCCUGGAGCACGCUGCUCCGUACGAUAUGGAGUGUGAUAAAUCGGUCGCCCCGGCCACUGCUGAAGGAAAUCAUCCUCGUCGAUGACGCCAGCGAGCGGGAACAUUUGGGCCGCCAGCUGGAAGAGUACGUUAGCACGCUGCCCGUACCAACGUUCGUCCUGCGGACCGGCAAACGGUCCGGUCUGAUCCGUGCCAGACUGCUCGGUGCCAAACACGUGAAGGGGCAAGUGAUCACAUUCCUAGACGCACACUGCGAGUGUACGGAGGGUUGGCUGGAGCCACUGUUGGCGCGCAUCGUGCUGGACCGUAAGACGGUCGUUUGUCCCAUCAUCGACGUGAUAUCGGACGAAACGUUCGAGUACGUGACGGCGUCCGACCAGACGUGGGGCGGAUUUAACUGGAAGCUAAACUUCCGAUGGUACCGGGUCCCGGCACGGGAAAUGCAGCGACGCAAUCACGACCGAACAGCGCCACUGCGGACGCCAACGAUGGCUGGUGGACUGUUUUCGAUCGAUCGGGAUUAUUUCUACGAAAUCGGGUCCUACGACGAAGGCAUGGACAUUUGGGGUGGUGAAAAUCUGGAAAUGUCUUUCCGGAUAUGGCAAUGUGGUGGCAUCCUCGAGAUUGCACCCUGUUCGCACGUUGGCCACGUGUUCCGCGACAAAUCACCGUACACGUUCCCGGGGGGCGUCGCGAAUAUUGUGCUGAAAAAUGCGGCACGCGUCGCCGAGGUGUGGCUAGACGAGUGGAAAGAGUUUUACUAUCAAAUGAGUCCAGGUGCCCGGAAAGCAUCGGCCGGAGAUGUCAGCGAGCGGCGUGCCCUUCGAGAGCGGCUAAAGUGUAAGAGCUUCCGUUGGUACCUGGAAAACAUUUAUCCGGAAAGUCAGAUGCCCCUGGAUUACUAUUUCCUCGGCGAGAUUCGCAAUGAAGAGUCACGCAACUGUCUCGACACGAUGGGCCGCAAGUCGAACGAAAAGAUUGGCAGCAGCUACUGUCACGGUUUGGGCGGCAAUCAGGUAUUUGCGUACACCAAACGGCACCAGAUCAUGUCGGACGACAACUGUCUCGAUGCAUCCAACGCGCUCGGGCCGGUUAAUUUGGUCCGGUGCCACGGUAUGGGCGGCAAUCAGGAAUGGAUAUACGAUGAAGAGGAAAAGACUAUCAAGCACGUUAACAGUGGCAACUGUUUAACGCGUCCCUCGCACGAGGACCCUUCAACACCGUUGCUACGGCCGUGCAACUAUUCGCUCGGCCAACAGUGGCUAAUGCAAUCGAAGUUCAAGUGGCAAGCGCACAACGACAAUCGGAUCGGCGAGGAUAGAUAAAACGCACUGUACCGUGUUCGAUCCGGUACCGGGGCGGCGGUUGGUCCCAUCACUGGUCAGCGGCAAACCGGUCCAUCCAUCGAACGCUACGGAACCGUCAUCGGUAGCAGCAUCGGUAGCAGCAAUAGCAGUAGCAAAAAAAAUCACAAACAAUAUCAAGCAACUAUCAAGCGUCUGCACAUGGGCACCAGCGGAGGAAUCCGAUUGCCGAUCCGCUGAAUCGGAAACGAAAGCAACACGUGCGCGACUGUCGGUCAAUCACACGUGUGUGUGUGUGUGUAAAAUAUGUGAACGGAAUACGACGAACUCGAACCUCGUCUUGCCAUUCGUAUCCGGUGUUCCUAAGAUGCAACACGGGUACUAAAGAGAGAGAGAGCGAGAGAGAUAGUAUCACUUAGAAAAGUGGCAAAAAAAGUUCGGACGAAUUUGGGGAGCAAUCCCCCGCAAAUGGAAGUGCGGGAAUGUUUAACAAGAAUUCCAUAUAAUUGUAGUAUAAUUUUAUCGCAUCCAUCCUAUUCAGUUAACGGGCGGGUCUACGUGAUGAUGAAGCACUGGUUUUUAAUGGUCCAUUUGUUAUUGUUUAUCACGUCGUUUUUUUGUUUGCUCCUUAACUUAGGCUCGUUGAAACCGAUAUUUAUCGCGCGCGCGUGCACUUGGUGUUAUUAAGACACAGACCACUACUCAUGAUGCUUUUAAAUCUGGAUCGUAUUGGAAAUGAUCGCCACACAGUGAAGAGCUGUGGAAGGUGUACCUUUUGAGCCAUAUAUUGCGUGAUGUUCCUGAGGAAGCACAGUCUCUUUUUCAAAUCAAAUUAAUAGUUGACUAAUGGUUAAAGGGCUUAGUUGCACCGCUUAUUGGUCUUCGAAAAAGCUAAAUUCCCCCUCCACACUACGAAACAUAUCAGUUGAUAUUUGAAGCACACAAAACGCUGGUCUCAAGUCUUUCUCUGUAAAAAAGAUAAGAUAAGAGCACGAUAAUUUUGAUUCAAGUUUUAUCUAAAUUUAUGUAAGGCUCAUUUAAAAGAGAUCCUUUUUUUUCUUCAGUGGCUCAUUUAAGACUCAGUUUGAAAGCUACUUUCUGCCUAUUUUUCCAUGUUAACUACAAAAAAAACCAUAAAUUUUAACAAAAAAGAAACGGAAACCAUAUUGGACCAUGAGCAUUUAGCAAACCUACAGAGUGAAUGUAUAUCCGGUAACAUACCAUUACCAUUAUUGGCAAGAUGAUGAUGGCGAGCGCGAAUAGAGAUAUUAGUGUUCCCGUGGUGCGAAAAAAAGGAAACGAACUGCAGCUACUGCAAAAAGGAAUUGUUUAUUGCUUCGAAAACAGUAUGUUAAUGGAAACGCAAACCGCUUCUUAAACGACCACGUAAGCAAAGUACUGAGACGAAAGCAUCAAUCUUGUACAUAAUGGAGUGCACGACACGACGAGUAAGUAAGGGGGCAGAAGGAAUGGGAACUAGAAACCCAAUCGCUAUCAGCGCAACAAAAACAAAACCCUGAUAUCAUCUAUUUGUAGACCGUAGACCGAAUUUUUGGAAGCAGCAAAAACUCACACACACACACAAGGGUCGGUUUGUGGUGCAAGUGCAGCGGAACUAAUCCGAUAAGGGUGGAACAAUACGAUAUGGCAGUAGAACAACGUGAUCGUAAGCAUUAGUUAAUAAGCAAUCCCCAGGAAGCUAAGGAUGAAUGUGAAACACUAAACCCUAGAGACGACUAGAAAAACAAAAUGGGGGAAAUGAUAUAUAUAGGUAUAAUAAUUUGUAAAAAGAGAGAUAUUAAAAAGACUUCCGGUGGAGGAAGUUAUGGAAGUACUAUCAAAACAAAAAAAAACGGAAAUCAGCAGCACACAAAGUGGCGCACAAUCGAUUCUACCACACUGUUGUAUUGGAUACAGCACAGUGUGCCCUAGGAAAGCUGUGGAACCUGUCCCUUAAAAAUGGCCGGGGGUUGAUGGUAGAAGGUUAAGAAGUUGUAAUAUUCACAUACCACAAGGCGGGAACGGUGGUAGAGGCAACCGGAAUCGGGGUUCAAAUCUCAUCCGGACCGUUCGCCCGUAGUGAGGACUGACGACUAUCCAACUACCAGAAAUGGCAGGCUGAUGACCUACGAGACAGGUCGUUAGGCCAAGAAGAGAGAGAGGGGGAGAGGAAUAGAGAUAAAUAGAGAGAGAGAGAGAAAGAGAGAAGGAGCAUAUUCACACACACACACUUCCGGGACAAAAACAAACAAUCAACACCACUACACUAUAUAAGGAGACGGCUCUUCGAGUUUUUAAUUCUUCCAUUGGAUUUUAUGUUAUGCUAGUAUUGUAAGUACGGCUGAUCUUCUUAGACAAGAAGCAACACAAAAACCCAGGCGUACGUGAUCGAGGGGGAAAAAAGCACAAACAUUCUGAAUUGAAUUUAGUUUCGGCAAGCUCGCGGAUCAGAGUCCUAUCCUAAGGUUCCCCAUACAGCUCCCCCAGGUGUGUGUUGUAUCUUGCAAGGAAAAAAAAAACAAUUGUACAUCAUUUUAAUUUGUGCGGUUCACACACACGCUCGCUCACUCGCUUUUAAAUAUGGUUUGUGCUGGUUUAGUGGGGAGUUGUUUUAUUUGCAAGCAAAUCCUGUUUGCUCGCCGUCCUGGUCCGGAAGAUUGGUGCCGGGAGGCCAGAGACACACACACACACCGGUCGAGCUUGGAUGUUUGAAGCAUCCUUCUACUGUUUUUUUUAAUCUUAAUAUCCUACAUCUAAUGCUAUUCAGGGUGAUGGUGUGCAAUUUAUUAUUUUUAAGGCACCUGCUUUUAUGCUUUCUCGCGGCAGUUAAAAAUGGGACCGUCAGCAGUGGUCUCCCUUUCUUUGUCUAUUUUCUAAGAACUGAUCGGAUAGAUAGAUGUAAGUGUACAAUCCAUCUCGCAAAUUUUAUGCUCCACCAUUUUUUAUUUUCUUUGGCUUACUUGUAUCCCAACUAAUGAAGUGGCAAAGAUCAAGCAAAACGCAAAAAACCCACAGCUUCAUACAACUUCAGUAUUACAUGUUACAAAAUACAUACGAAUGCCGGUAGGGCUGCUUUUUUAUACAAUACCGACCUCAAACCCGAUUUCGUUCGGAUGUCCGAUACAUUCCCUUUUAGCGAUCGCGAGCACAACCUUUCGACUGCUCAUACAUCAGUACGCAUACGGAGCUAUUUAAUUGCACAAUUUACGCUUGCUUUUGUGCUGCCUUUAUUUUCCCCCUUAAAUCGAUAAGAACCCACAACAACCGUCAGAUUUCCGAUUUCUCAGACACAAACAAUUCCAUCGGCCGUGUGUAUUUAGGCCUUGCUUUGUGCACACGACCACACAACAUACUUUAAAUGAAGCAAACAGAUGAGUACAUAAAAAGCCGGUCCAAAACCGUUAGGAUGUUAGUCGGAUGGACGCUCCCGUUGUCGAGAUAGAUUGAACGGAGAUGGAGAAAAAAAAGAGACCAACUAGUAGCAUAAAUGGAGAACGUGCGAGAGAAGAAAUCAAUCACCGCAUAUCAUCUCAGACAUGAGACACAUGAUGUUAGCGUACAACGUCCGAUGGAUUUGAUUGAGGUGUAGGUAAGAGAUCCGCCAAGGAGUAGGUGCAAACUGUGCCGAGAGAUAUGGGCGAAAACGCCAGAGUUAAACUUUUGUCAGCUAUCCUUCCAAUAGUUCCAUCACACCGGCACGCACCUCGGUGCUGUUAGUGCACGGCCCCGGAUAUCGAGAACGAACUUCCAUUUUCUUUUCAGUCAUUUUUAUUACUGUUUAGUUGAAAUGAAAAGACUUUAAUAUCCGUGCGUCUUGAUAUCAAAUUUAAAACACACACACGCCGCGCGAUAGACGUCCUGGUGCGAUACAACAUUGUUUAGCUGGUUCUCAUUUUUGGUAAUCUUUGGCGUGUAGCAAGGGUUUGCUGUUUUUUUUAACUUUACGGAUAGAACAGCAACACGGAUCGAGAGAGUGUGUGUGUGUGGGUCAUGGGAAGGGAACCAGAACCAGAAACAAAAGAGAAACUUUGCAUUCAAAGAGAUGUGAUUUAACAAAUGUG